AUGUUCACUGCACUGCCUGUGCUUCCUUGCAGCAACGCGAAGGACCGCGCGAAAGCCCCGGUGAAGAAGAAGGAGGAUCCUAGCGCCAUCAAGGAGCGGGAGGUCCCCCAGCAUCCCUCGUGUUUGUUCUUCCAGUAUAAUACACAGUUGGGCCCUCCUUAUCAUAUCCUGGUCGAUACUAACUUCAUCAACUUCUCCAUCAAAGCCAAGCUGGACCUAGUGCAGUCAAUGAUGGACUGCCUCUAUGCCAAAUGUAUUCCAUGUAUCACAGAUUGUGUAAUGGCUGAAAUUGAGAAGUUAGGACAGAGGUAUCGUGUGGCGUUAAGAAUUGCUAAGGAUCCUCGAUUUGAACGCCUGCCGUGUACACACAAAGGGACCUAUGCAGAUGACUGCUUGGUACAGAGGGUCACUCAGCACAAAUGUUACAUAGUGGCCACAGUGGAUAAAGAGCUCAAGCGCAGAAUACGAAAAAUCCCAGGAGUGCCUAUAAUGUAUAUUUCCAGGCACAGAUACAACAUUGAGAGGAUGCCAGAUGAUUAUGGAGCUCCUCGAUUCUAGCCUCUCUGGGCAACCCAUCAAUGCCAGGAUAAGAGUCCUUCUGUUUCCAACCCUCUUGCUGUCUUUUUGAUGAGACCCUGCUCCUAUGACUAUGGGUGACAUUGGACUGACUUCAUAGCCUUGAUCUUCUAAGAAGAAGCCACUUGGAAGCCUCUGCUUUUAUUCGUCCUUUUUCUGACUGUGCUGAGAAGCUGGGAGAAGGAUAUGAGAAAAGGGGGACUGCAGGGCAAAGAACAUGCCUGAAUCCCUCCUCAUGUUCAUGUUGGGAUCAUUGGAAAAAGUCCUCUCAGCAUCUUGAAUUAAAUAUUGGUAACCGUCCAACUACAGCUGAGCAUGGAUUCACAGAAGUUUUGAAGUUUCUUAUCUCUACACCUGCAGCAGGACAAGUAUUCCUGUGGCAAACUCCCUCACAUCUGCCCCACAGGCAAACCGGAAUCUAUGUUCUGGAGAAAAACAGUCAAGUCUGCACCAGCUGGCAUCCCUCCUCUGGACCACUGGACUGAAAGGAAUUUAUUUUAUUUUAUUUUUUUUUUUAGAAUUGAUGGUUUUUAAUCAACCGCACCUCAAUACAGUGAGUGAAAUUGGAUUAGCGUCCUGCUCAUAUUCCUGAAACUCAGUGCACUGCUGUGUAUUUAUCAGCUUUUCUCUUGGUUUUAUAUGUUCUUAGUACAUUCUUAAUAUUUCUUCAUACCUUAGAUACAAGGUGUGUUGGUAAGGUGGCAUACUCCCACAGGCUAUUUGUACUGGACCAGAUGGCAGCCCAGCCCUUUUCGUUAUGUGCACAAGGUGGUGGUAGGGGAUCUUUCUGGGAAUGGGGACAGUCUUCCUCCUUUUUGCUUGGCACCUACCUAUCUUAAAGCCUCAUCCCUUUCCAUAGGUGUCAUGAAAAGGAAGAGGUCAGACUGUGAAAGGUAUUAAUGUGGGCUGGGAGCAGAAUACUUGGGGGGGAAUCAGAGCAAUGGCUGAGAAUAAAACUGUCUCGCAGAAACCCUGAGCAUUUGCAGUAACAUGGGAAGAAAGUCGUCAGAGGAGCGACAGAAAAGGAAUGAUGAAACUGCAUGGAGAAACGUAGAAAAAAUGUUUCAAAGCUAUGUCAUAUCUGUUCUCCCCAAGGCAUGUUCUGCGUUCUCAUAUCUUCUCUGUAGCUCGUUAAUUUGUAGGCCGUCUGCUGAUCUCUGCCUCUCUGGGGGGAGGACAAUUGUUUUAAGACUGGGAGGCAAGAGAGAAAAUGAGGGUCAUGGGGCCAAGAUGCCAUAGAGUGCUUCCUGGCCAAAGUGCAGGAGUUGAGCUGUGAUAAAUGGGGGACUGAGAAUUGAUAUUCUUGGUAUAGUUAAGAAAAUUUCCAAACUUUAAUAGAGCUUUUAUCCUGUGAUGCGUUACACUGGUCCAAACUGUAGAGAAUAGCUGGACUCAAACCUCUGCAUGCCAGGCAGCAUACAGUGAAGAUAAUGCCUCUCCUCCAUUAAUCAUUUCCUGUCUUUGGGCAAUGCUCCAACAUGCCAAUAAUUGCAAACACCCUGCUUCUACAGAUGUUACAGGAAAUUUUGAGAACGCAUCAGACUUGCCCCUCACACUAUGUCGUUGUUUCCUGCAGGCUCACCUCUGCAGUAAACUCAUCCCUGAAAUACAGCAUACUGACACUUUCAAAAUGCAUGAGCCCCUUUCAAGCUAUCACAGUUGGAAGUUUUAUCUUUGAGAUUUGACUAUUGGUGUGUAAUUGCACACUUCAAAAAAAAAAAAAACCCAAAUUUUCUCCUGUCUAUCCAAGUCACAUUUCUUUAAGCUAAAUUUAAGUAUCAUCAUGAACACUUAAAGACUAUGCAUGGUCAAACAAGGACUCAGAUCUAGGAUUAGAUCUGUGUAGCUGAAUUUUCAGAAUAAUUCUAAAUUUAAGAGACUUCUUCAGGGCAGAGCUAACUCGAGUUACCUCUGUGCAAGCUUCAUUUGAGUUAACCUAACUUGAAGGAGACUGGAGAAGAAAGAAAUGGCUUUCCCGUGGUAAUAUUUGAUGGAAGUCUUUCUGGCUCUGGAAAAGAGGAUACGGGCAAAGCAAAGUGAUGACUUUUGGGAAUGUUUGACUACUGGUAGACAUUCACACAAAAAAACAUCCUUAUUGGAUGGACUUCACCCAAAUAUAUGUAUGGAGCAUGAACUGCAUAUAGGAAUCAAGGCAAAUAUGCUUAUUUACAAGAAGCUUUAAUUUAAGGCGUAAAGGACGUACCCAAGUCUGUCCUGCUUGUUUUAGUAACAGAAGGAGGAGGCUAGAAUAGGCAUAAGGCAAUUGAUAAGAAAUAUAACCUGGUUGGAGGAUAAGCAGCAGGGAGAAAGUGUUAACAGUGAUUGAAACCACCAGGAAGGCCAUGUAUUUAAUGAAAAGUUUACUCCUAAAAUGAGUAAAAUCAGCCAGACAACACUGAGAAGUGUGGGUAUUAACAAAAAGAACCGGGAAGGACCACCCGGGUCGUCAGGGCCGUGCCCUGCAGUCUUAGGGAACCCAUGUACCAAACGCUUGGUUCAGAGGAAAGUAUUUACUCUGUGCACACCACAGCAUUCCAACCUCAGAUUACAAUAUUUCAAGGAGGAAAGAUCAUGAUCUGAAUAAUGGCAAGGAGUUUGGUAAAUGAGAAUGUCCGGAUGUUCCUACAACUGCAGAGCUCUGUUAGUCCCAAUCAGAAGAGAAAUUCCUUCCUGACCCAAGUCUGGCAGUUGGUUUAAACCUGCGGACAAAAAUAGCCAAAGCAAGCCCGAUACUCAAAAUAAGUUAGGCAGUGGAAGGGACAAAAGCAUUUCUAUUCCUUGGGGGGGAGAAGGGACCCAGAAAUACAAAAUUGCUGCACCAUAAUUAUAGUGUAUUAAAUGUUAUCAGCAAAUGAAGAAAUUCAAUGAAGAAAUAAAGUGCUAAUCCCAGCUAUGACACUAGAUAAUCCAGGGAUAGCUGAAUUGUAGCGAAACAGCAAUUAGAAGCAGGAAGCGUCCAAGAGUAUGAGCUAUUUUAAAAAAUGAACUAAAAAUAGCAGGUUGACAUACAUUAAUGAUGUCAUAGACUGUAAAAGAACAAGAAGGCAUAACGUGGAUAAAACAGGAUGGCUUCGGGGCAAGGUAAUGUUGAGUAAAGGAAUAAAUGUAUCUUGGUCCGGGAGGAGUCAACACCCCUAUCUCCAUCAACAGAUUUGGGUAUUGAUGUUAACCUCUGUCAAGUUACUGGAACCUAAACCUAAUUUUGGUCUCCUAGAGAGAGUUUGGACAACACUUGCAAAAUGAUUGAGUACAAAUAUUUCUUCAUAAGAGAAGUAACAGAUUUCUUCACUGUACUGAUCAACCACAGCAAAGAGCAAGAAUAUUGCGAGAGACCUGACUUUAGGAAAUAAUCUUGAAUGAAAUGAUCACAAAAAAAUUCAUUCUGAGUCAGUCAAUCAGCAUAAAUCAAAGGAUGUUUGUAACGGUCCUCUUUUGGAAAAAGGACUUUCAAAAGCUUAACCAGUGAGCAAACUGGCCCAAAGGGCUUGGGGACGUAAAUGUCAAGGGUAGGAUUUUGGGAGGGAUCUGGAAGUGCAAACGCUAUCUGGAAUUCAUAUUCACUGUAAGAGAAAUCUUACUGGGAAGCGCUCUAGACAGAAAAGGAUACUAAAUAAUUUAAAAAAUAGUUCUGGGUGUAUUGAAUUAAUGAAGGUGGUUUUCCUAAAGACUUGUGUUUUAUAAAUUGCGUGUCGGCUCUUCUUGAAGCUUUUCUUAUGGGUUCAUGUUUGUAUCGUGUGUCACCGCUUUGGAUUCCCUGGGAUUUAACAAGAAAUGAAUACAAAGUCUAGCUUUUCUGCCGGAGAGGACAGAGCUUUUUUCUGUACCUGGCCAUCUAUCGUUGCCUUUGCCUCCAACACCUGUCUCUUCCCACUGGCCACAGAUCCUUGAUUUUCCAGCAGUGAACUGGAGAUUGAACAUCAGAACCGUUGCACAA